CAAAAACGCACCGCCGGGCCAGCCCAGCGCCUACUUUUUUUGCUACAAUUAAGUGACUUAACUCAGUCACUACCCCACCUGGUGCCAUCCAUCGGAACAACUCUCUCCCUACCUCAUCGACUCUCCCCAUUCGGCCUCCAUAACUUCCCCUUUACUUCCCCCGCCUUCCCUCGUCUCGCUUCCUUUUUUCUUUUACUAUCUUUCUUGUUUGUGUUCUUCUACUUUGUACGCGUGUUUAUCAUGGCCGACUUGCAGGGUCGCAAGAUCUUCAAGGUCUUCAACCAGGACUUUAUCGUCGAUGAGCGCUACAAUGUCACCAAGGAGCUGGGUCAGGGCGCAUACGGCAUUGUUUGCGCCGCGACAAAUGCUCACACCGGUGAGGGUGUCGCCAUCAAGAAGGUCACCAACGUUUUCAGCAAGAAGAUUCUCGCCAAGCGCGCUCUGAGAGAGAUCAAGCUGCUCCAGCACUUCAGAGGUCACCGUAACAUCACUUGCUUGUAUGACAUGGACAUUCCCCGCCCGGACAACUUCAACGAGACGUACCUGUACGAGGAAUUGAUGGAAUGCGAUUUGGCCGCUAUCAUUCGCUCCGGACAACCCCUCACCGACGCCCAUUUCCAAUCCUUCAUUUACCAAAUCCUCUGCGGUCUCAAAUACAUCCAUUCGGCCAACGUUCUGCAUCGUGAUUUGAAGCCCGGAAACCUUCUCGUCAACGCGGAUUGCGAGCUGAAGAUUUGCGAUUUCGGUUUGGCCCGUGGUUUCUCUAUCGACCCGGAGGAGAAUGCAGGAUACAUGACGGAAUAUGUCGCCACAAGAUGGUACCGUGCGCCGGAAAUCAUGCUGAGCUUCCAGAGCUACACGAAAGCCAUCGAUGUUUGGUCCGUGGGUUGCAUUCUGGCCGAGCUGCUGGGUGGCCGGCCCUUCUUCAAGGGCCGUGACUAUGUCGACCAGCUUAACCAGAUUCUCCACUAUCUGGGUACUCCUAACGAGGAGACUCUGAGCCGCAUCGGCUCACCUCGUGCUCAGGAGUACGUUCGCAACUUGCCGUUCAUGCCCAAGAUCCCCUUCCAGCGCCUGUUCCCCAACGCCAACCCCGAUGCUCUCGACCUGCUCGAUCGCAUGCUUGCGUUCGACCCGACGUCGCGUAUCUCGGUUGAGGAGGCCCUUGAGCAUCCUUACUUGCACAUCUGGCACGACGCCUCGGAUGAGCCCACCUGCCCGACAACCUUCGACUUCCAUUUCGAGGUGGUCGAGGACGUGCAGGAGAUGCGCCACAUGAUCUACGAUGAGGUAGUGCGCUUCCGGGCUCUGGUCCGGCAGCAGUCGCAGGCGCAGGCCGCCGCGCAGCAGCAGCAGAUUGCCCAGCAGACCAACGUGCCCAUCCCCGACAACCAACAAGGCGGAUGGAAGACGGAGGAACCGAAGCCCCAGGAAGCGCUCGCCGCAGGCGGUGGCCACCACAACGAUCUGGAAUCGUCGCUGCAGCGGGGCAUGGAUGUGCAGUAGGGCACUACUAGUUCCAAUCUGCCGCUGCCUUCUUCAAAUACAGUGUACAUGUGUUCAGUUUAUGACAAUGGUGGUGAGGAGAGGCCUGACUCUUUGA